ACAGCAGUAUAUAUGCAAGCAUGCAUGUGCUGUAUGUCACACGUCGAAAGAAGUUUAAUCAACCGGUGAUAUUUGACAAAAUUUUACAAAAUGAUGCAAAACCUACUUACACGUUUGAAAGUAACGAAAUUAUCUUUGUUAUUUGCAAUAAUUUUACUACUGGUACUUAGUUUAUUUUUCAGCGAUUUAUUUUUGUCGAAAAUACGAGCUCAUCGAAUGCCAAAUAGCUGCAAUUUAUGCCAAGGCAAAGAAAAUGUCACUUUUGGGAGCGCUAAAGAGUUUUUACAUUUCUCUAUGCCCGCCGCUGGAAAGUCUACUCAGGAAGCCAUUCAUGUUUUAUUUCUCUUUGCUCAUGUCAAGCGCAAACCAGAUCUGAAAAACAAACUUUCUAAAUGUAUGUCUUCACUCUUUAAGUAUGCAACUUCGCCUCUUCAUCUACACAUAUUGACAGAUACUUCGAGUUUAAAUGCUGCCAUUGAAGUUCUAAGAGAGUCGGCUUCGUUAGCAAAUAAUUCUGUUGAAAUCACAUUAUACAAUGUAAAUAUGCUGUUGGAACCACUUCAGGAAUUCAUUGAUGCCAUAAGACCUCACUUCAGCUACAAAAAAGGAGCUUACUACAGCGAUGGUCUCUUCUUCAUUUCAAUCUGCUUAUUCAAAGUCUUGCCUCUGGAGAAGAUCAUCAUCGUGGACGCGGACGUCAAAUUUUUAGACGACAUCAAAAGCUUGCAUGGCCACUUCGACAACUUCACGUUCGAAGCGUUGAUCGGAAUAGCCGCGGAACAGCAGCCGGUGUAUCGUCAUGUACUGAAUGAAUAUCGACGACUCCAUAAGGAAACUGUCGUCGGAAAUCCAUUACCCGAUGGCAUGCCGGGUUUCAACAGUGGCGUCCUGCUUUUGAAUCUCGAAAAAAUGAGACAUUCCGGUCUGUACUCGGAUAUUGUAAAUAAUUCUUCAUAUGUUGUGCAGCUGGUUGAGAAGUACAAAUUUAAAGGUCAUCUGGGCGAUCAGGAUUUUUAUACGUUAGUCAGUUUGGAAUACCCACAGCUAUUUUACACACUGCCUUGUUCUUGGAACCGCCAAUUGUGCCAGUGGUGGAAAUCUCAUGGUUAUGGGGAUGUAUUUGAGAAGUAUAAUUCUUGUAAUGAAACAAUCCAUCUUUUGCAUGGGAACUGCAAUACAUUUAUUCCCGAUGGUUAA